UUCAAUAAAAUCAACUCUUGUUUUGCUUCACCCUGUGCUAGUGCAUCCCAAUCAAAUAUCUAUUUUUAAGGGUUCUUCAAUCAGCUGUACUUAAGUACCUAAGAAUUCAGGAGUCAGUUGACGGGCACCACACCACAGAAGUAUAAUUUAUGAGUAGGCUUUUUGUAUCACAUGCUUGAAGCUUGUCCAUACUUGCCUCAACCAUUGUCAAGUUUGCUGGUUUCCGUAAUAUAGGAAUAAGGUGGCUAUUGACUACUGCCUUCAGCAGAUAAAUACUUCCUCCACUGUAGCUGGUGUCUGUGUUGCCUGAUACUGUGGCACUGUGGGACUAGGCUCUUCACAUUCUGCAACUUACCUUUGAGGCUAGACAGUGACCGCUGCCUUUGGCUAUCAUUUUUGUCCUUAAUUGUGAACUGGAAUUUUUCCAGCCAUCCAGGAGGAUCUUUAAAAAAGUUGGGUAUUUUUUGUUUGAAAAGGUAAUUGUACAAUGAGGAUUUUCAUCGCUUUUGAAGGAUCUUUUGAACCAUUUGAUAUUUCAGCAGAUGAAACUGUGGAGGUUGUCAAGCUGAUGAUAAAGGAUUAUUUCCACAUUCCUCUCUCUGAAGACAAACAAGGCAGGCGGUAUCUGGAGUUAAUGUAUGCUGGAGCCGCUCUAAAGGACAGUUGGAGUCUUGCUGAUGUUGGAAUAUCUUUCUGCUCAACUCUCAAAUGCUUUGUUAAGGAAGAAGACAAGCCUACUCUAUACGUGUUCAAUGCUGUAACUCAAGACACAAUGCCAAUAAUGGAGAGCAUUUCCCUUCUUGAUAAAACAGUGUCUGAUCUGAGAACACUGGUAACUCUGAGAUGUGGCCUCCCUGUGAGUGUCUACUGUCUCCGAACCCCAAGGGGCCUGGAGAUGUAUGAUUGCAACACCCUCAAGGACUACCAGACUGAUAUUGGCACAACACUUCGCUUGGACGUCUGGGAUGGAUGGAAGGAAUUUCUGAUGGGUUGUCUCCUUGGACAAAAACUUAAAGUCCAACGUUACUUAUCAAAAGAAGGACCAGUACUCAAGUAUCAGAAAAGGGUAGCCCUGUACAUUGCUGCUUUUUGUGGGUACAUUGAACUCACUGAAUGGGCCCUGAAGCAGGGUGCACGGCCCCACGAGGCAGUCGGUGUUCACCCCUAUCGAGCAUGGUGCCAUGAAGCCCUUCAUGCAGAUGUCUCUAAAUGCCCCAUUCAUGCAGCCGCAGAAGCAGGCCAACUGUUGAUUCUGAAGGCCUUUGUCAACUGCAGCGUGCUGUGCCUGGAAUGCAAAAAUGCAGCAGGACAAACUCCCCUGACCAUUGUGUUCAAACACAAGCAUAAAGACUGUGUAUUAUAUUUGCUCAGUAAAAUGUGGUCCACAGUUUCUUUUCCGAAAAUUUCAGUCCCAAUGAGGAUUUAUAUUAAAAUAAAACAAUGGACCCUCAGAGCUCAGAGUCACAGUCUUCAUAAAAGCCAGUUUUGUGGAGCAAGGGUCUUUGGGGCAAAAGUUGGAGACACUGUGAUGGUGGAUGGUUUCACCAAACCAAAAAUGACCUCCAAGAGCUGGCAUAAGGCUGGGAACAGUGACUCACAAAGCAUCUUGCUCAAGCUACCAUCUCUCAGCAAACAAACUGCAAGCAGCAAACCUGUGAGUCCUUUGGCAAUUUCACAGCCGGACAAAAGAGAACAAGCCCUCAAAUUUCAUCCACUGGUGAAUGCAAGUACAUUCUCUGAAUUACAAAAACAUCAACAACAAGAUCAGAAAAAAAUUACUGCCACAGCAAGGAAAAAAGAAAAGCUCAUAAAAAACACAUAUCUUCCCCAAGUCCCCCUCCCUCCAGUUUCAAGAGUGGGAUAUUCACAUCCAUCAUUUUUCUAUGCAACACCCAGUGCUGACUUUUUACUGAAGUCCUCCUUCUCAUCUUUCUCAGAGCACAGUGGGAAGACUCCAAGGGAGAACGCAAUCUACUGCUUAGCUGUGGCAAGUGCCUUUAAAGAGAAACGAUGGCUUCAGCAGUUAGAAAUAGCAAGAGUCCUGGCCAAAAAGAGCAUUUCUAACUUGACCACCCGAGGAGGUCUGACAGCAUGUGAAAACUCUCUAGAAAUUGUGCUUUGAAAAGUCAUGACAACCUCAGUUUGGACAAAGACCUGAGCAAACAGAAUGUCCAUUGCUAAUGUUAACAUUUACAAUAACAGUUCUAAUGUUAUCAUCUCUAGUAACAGUUAUAACGCCACAUAACUUUUAAUAGGAUAUUUAACACCAUAUUUUCUUGGACUUCAUCAUGCUAACUGAACAUUUAGUGCUAUUUUUGUAUAAAGAAUAUAAGGAAGAAUUCAGAAGAAACUGAGAAUAAUAGUUGUCCACAAGGUAGGGAAGCUGAGACAAUGGAAAACAAGGAAGUGAGAAUUUUUACAUUUUCUUUUUUUGUUUUUUUUUUCUUUUUUUUUUUAAAGUGUUUUGGUUUUUUAAGCCAUAUUAAUGUAGAAUAUAUUUUAAAAUAAAUAAAAUUUUUAAAUUCUAUAUAAGGAAAGUUCUUAAGAAAGUUAACAAAUACCAUCCAGGUCUAAUGCUGAUCUCAGACAUCUUUUUAACUCUGCUAAAACACUGCUUCCAAUUAAUUUUUUUAAAUUGAGUUAAAAUUUACAUGUAGUGAAUUGCAUGAAUCUUAAAUGUAAGAUUCAAUGGGUUUGAAAAAUAUCCCAGUCAAAACAUAGAACGUUUUUGUUACCCCAGGAAGUUCCUUCAAGCUCCUAAGUCAAUUCCAACUUCUUUAGGUAACUGCUAUUUUGAUUUCUAUCUCCAUAGAUGAGAUUUUCAAAUCAUCGGUAUCAUGCAGUUGUUCACUUUUGUGUCUGGGUUAUUUUGCUCAACUUACUGUUUUAAGAUUCAUUUACAUUACUGCAUGUAUCCGUAGUACAUUCCUUUUUUUCUUUUCUUUUUUUUUUGAGACAGAGUUUUACUCUGUCGUCCAGGCUGGA